ACGGUGGGGCUGUGGGCUGCAGAGAGAACAGCAGAUUCACAGCAAUGAUGCAAACUGUAGUUCCUCCUGCUGUCAGUGCAUUUCUGUUGGACAUCGAGGGGACCACCACUCCAAUCUCCUUUGUAAAGGAUGUUUUGUUUCCUUACAUCAAAGAAAAUGUGAAGAGCUACCUCCAUACACACUGGGAUGAGAAGGAAUGUCAGGAGGACGUAGACCUUUUGAGAAAACAGGCUAAAAAUGACGAGGAAUUAGAAGGAGCAGUGCUAAUUCCAGAAUGGUGUUCCGGUGAGAAUGCUGACAAGGAACAAGCUCUUGAAAUGGUGACAAACAACAUCUUGUGGCAGAUGUCCCAGGACAGGAAGACCAGAGCUUUGAAACAGCUGCAGGGCCACAUGUGGAGGGAAGCCUUUCUACGUGGAGAAGUGAAAGGAGAAGUGUAUAAAGAUGUUGCUCCAGCAAUUAAAGAAUGGAGGAAAGAAGGCAAGAAGGUAUACAUCUAUUCUUCAGGCAGUGUGGAGGCUCAGAAGCUUCUGUUUGGAUACUCCAUUGAGGGAGACCUGUUGGAGCUUUUUGAUGGUCAUUUUGACACAAAGAUUGGAUCCAAAGUAAAAGCAGAAAGCUACAGAGAAAUCGCUAAAAACAUUGGUUGUUCCACAGACAACAUACUUUUCCUAACAGAUGUGACAAAAGAGGCAAGGGCUGCAGAGGAAGCAGGAGCUCGAGUGAUUCUUGUGGUGAGGCCUGGAAACACAGAGCUGACAGAAGAAGAAGGAAUGUCUCAUUCUAUUAUCACCUCCUUUGGUGAACUCUUAUUAUCUGAUCUCAAAGCAAACUGAGCAACAUCAAAGUCCAAUCAAAACUGUUUUUCUGCAGUAGGAUUGACUGGAGCUAUUUCUCAGCAAGGAUUUUCAUUUAGUUUAUUCUAGUCACGAGAAAAGCAUUUACAAUGAGGUUGUUUUCCACAAAAAAAAUUCCAAGAAAGAGUGAGACAGUGGCUUGUGAUUUACUUUUCCUUGGGUUUUAAGUUUGGGAUCUCAGGAUUGCUGCUGUGGAAAGGUAUUGGCACAUGAAGAGCUAAUGACCCUCACAGGAAAAUUCAGGUGGGAAGUCAGUCCAGGCUGCUAUCCCCACAAAGAGGCUGUGUUCAUGUGACAAGGAACUAGAUAAUCUUCUUUCAGUCAAACAUGCAAUUACAAGGAUAGGGUAUUUUAGGGAAGUGUGAAAUUUGCGUUUCUAUUUGAAAUGUAAAAAUCCCUAAUUGUACAGUUUGAUUUUGAACUUUUAGUCAUUGUGGCUGGAAAAAGGCAUUUUGAACUGUAAAGAGGUGAAGCUACAAUGUCUGUAAUUUUAAUGGAAUCAAUUUAAGAUACUUAACUGAAUGAUACCUCUGGUAAAAAAUACAUUAAGCAAUGCUAACAAUGUCAGAAAAAUAAAUAUAAAUGUUUGUUUAAACUCUGUCUUUAACAAUUUAUCUUUAAAUAAUUUUACUAAAUCUUUAAUGCUUAGCUAAGUUUUUCAUUUUUUUUUGCUACUCUCUGCUCUGCUUUGGGAAGCUCAUGUUAUGAACCUUCUCUUUUGUACUGAAUAAUAAAAAACUUGCGUAGUACAAGUCAGGACAAA